AUGUCGAAUAAGAAAAUCGAGCAAUGGGAAAUUGAACGGUACUGGGAGAUCUUCGCAUCGCUGUCAAAUGGCCAAACACAUUUGAAUAGCUCCCAAGCGGCCUCGGUGCUCAGGAACAGUCGGCUCCGCGAUGACCAGCUUGAGAAGGUCUGGGAUUUGGCCGAUGUGGAUGGGGAUGGAGAGUUGGAUUUUGAGGAGUUCUGUGUUGCUAUGCGACUGGUCUUUGACUUGGUGAAUGGAGAAUUACGCACCGUCCCGCAGUCACUUCCAGACUGGCUUGUUCCUGAAUCCAAGGCCCAUCUCGUCCAAGCGACCCGUGCACUGAGCCGUCCAGAGGAGUUCGAGCGGAUAGAAGAUGAGGAUGAUACCCCUGGGUUGAAAGACGGCUUCGAUUGGUACAUGAGCCCAGAGGAUAAGUCGAAAUACGAAGAAAUAUACACUGCCAACAAGAACCAACGGGGAGAAAUUGCCUUUGGAUCAUUACAACCCCUCUACGACUCCCUCGACGUCCCAGAUACUGAUAUCCGUUCCGCGUGGAACCUUGUCAACCCAUCUGCAUCACCCGAGAUCAACAAGGACGCUACCCUCGCAUUCCUGCACAUCCUGAACUUCCGCCACGAAGGCUUCCGUAUCCCCCGUACCAUCCCUGCCUCUCUCCGUGCCUCCUUCGAAAACAACAAGAUUGACUACCAGCUCGACAACAACCGCCCCGCACAGCGAUGGGGCGCGCACGGCGAUACCGAAACUCCAUCCGGCAGAAAGGCCAAGUUCGGAGAUACGUACCUGAGCCGCCUGGGUGUCGGAAACAAGGCUGGAUAUACACCAAAGGGCACGGACUUUAGCGACACCAUCCAAGACGAGGAAUGGGAGAAGGUCCGUCUGAGGCGAGAGCUGGCGGAGAUCGAGAAGAAGUAUGAGUCGGCGACUAAGGCUUCCCAGGGUAGCAGGGACCAGCCUCGCCAUGACGGCGGACCCAAUUGGGCGAUGAUCAAGAAGGAAGCGCUCCAGCUUUUGGAGUACAAGGAGCGUGAAUACCGGGAGCUGAGGGAAGGCGUGGGAAGGUCACAGGACGGGCAGAACCUGGAGCGACUUCGGGAGGAUAUCAAGACUGUUGGCGAACAAGUCGAUGGACUACGGGGCCAUCUUGCGCAGCGGAAUGAAGUCCUUGCGGAUCUGCGGAGGCAAGUCGAGGAGGAGAAGCUCAGUCGGUAA